GUGUCGUUUUACCCUUAUAAGUAGUUGAAUGGAACAGUUGGGAUGACAGUUGUAUUGUCAGUGUGAGGGAACAAAGCAAGGGGAAGGGUUGUUUUGAUAUUGUCAGUGGGGAGGGACCAAUGCGAGGGGAGUGUGAAAAGGAAAUGGCUGUGCUGUGAGGAGGAAUAAUAGGAGGUUUCUCUUGUUAAUGGGAGAAUGAAUACAGACUAAAUUGAGGCAGAAUCGCAGCUGGAAGAACGAGGCUGUUUCCACAAGAGGAAAUGCAUGAGGAUGAUGAGGAGACUGUCUGUGUGAGGAAGCUGGUAUUUGUGAAGAGGAAUAACAGGGGCGCUGCCAAAAGAGAGAAUAGGGUCGUGUGUUCUGUACAUAGAUGAACAUCUAAUGGGCUGAAGGAAUACAUGAAAGGAGGAAUACGAAAGCUGUAGUCUGAACUAUGAGAAUGGGUAUGUUGUCCGUGGCGAGUGUUUGGACAUUCAAACAGACCAUUCAAUUAAAAUGUGAAGGCGAACGGCCAAACGAGUCUGUGUGAGGAGCAAUAAACCCAAUAAACUAUGAGGGCGGAGCUGGGAUGUGAGAGGAUGUUGACACAUAGGAGAGGGAGGUGUGGCCACCUCUAUUAUGGGAAAGUGUUUGAGGGAGGCAAUGUUGUCAUUGUAAGGGGUGUGGCCUGUAGGGGGAGGUGCCUACUCCAGAGUUAGAAGAGCUGGGCACGAUUUGUUGCCUGUCAGAGUUGGGGAGGUGUGGCUGCGGGGGCGUGUAUGAAAUGGAGAGGGAGCGCUUCCUAUUUGUGCAUUUAGUUGGGAGGCGUAGCUGUAAAGGGGAGUGAGUGUGGCACUGACGCGGUCAACAUGGGGAAUGUGUUGUGUGUGGAGAGAUGAGCUCAGUGUGGGAGGAGCGCUGCUGAGGGGUGUUGUCAGUCUAGGGAGGAGUGACGAGUCAGAGACUCCAGGAUUCCCGCGCAUGCGCGCAGCUUUGUUUUGACUGAAAAUGCCGUCGGUUUCGAAAACGGCGCAGAACGGCUCCCCACAGACCGAGAAACCGACUCACUACACGUAAGUGCUGCAGACAGCGCACGGCUCCGUACAUACCCGCCAACAUGCAUUGUGUCCGAGGCGCUAUUUAUCCCUAGCCGAUUCGCCAGCAGCUCCUGAUGCAACCGACAAAUUAGGCCCGGGACAUCCCCCCUUCCCGCUGCAGGUGGUCGCGAUAAUUGAUGUUUACGGAAGCAUCGGUCGCUUCUCUGUUCCGCUCGCUCUCCCUCCCUUGCGAUUAGCGCGGCUCUUACGCCAGUGACGUAGUGCGCCGAGCGAUGCUUAAGAAGUUGCGCUGCAGUUGGAGGAAACCGCUUUUGUGAAUAGCCGUGAGAGCGGCGCCUGCUGGUCCCUGGCCACUUUUCCUCCUUCAAAUAAAAGCCAUUUUCCCUCCCUUCUUCCUUCCAUCGCUCUCGGUAGUUACAUGACAGCCACUUGUUGCAGGCUACGCGGACCAUUAUUAGCUGCGGUUUUAUUGAUUCCUGCGAUUCAGCCACUCACUUUCUGUAUUCUCGUUCUGUUUUCAGGGGAGAGUUUUAGUUCGGCAGCGCAAUCAUUGUGGGUUUUGUGCAUUGUAAGCAGUAAUGUAGCGAAUGGCUGCUCUCACCAUCUGCUUGCAUUCACUUUCAGCCCUACAGCCAGUGAUUAAUAAAUAUAUUUACAGCCUACUUUGCACUAUUGGGGCUGUAGAGUAGGAAACAGAUGGGAGAGUGGUGCCUGCAGGCCUCUGUGCUGCUCCAAGGAUCUAGCUGAACUUCACUGCAUUCUUACUUGUCUUCUUAAUAACACAAUAAAGCCAUUUGGGAUAUUUACUAUUGUGUUUACUUACCCUUGCAUGUGGCUGUGCCUCUUGUGUUCUAAUAAAUUCAUUUAAAGGGGAUGUAAAGGCAAAAAAAAAAAAAUAACUUUUACUUUCUUUAAGGAAAAAGAAAUCUAUCUCCAAUAUACUUCAAUUAAAAAAUAUGUACCGUUUUUAUAAGAAACCUGUUUGUAUGCAGUGAAAUUCCCCCUUCGUUUUACUUGGUUUGACUUCUGCAGAUAGGACGGUCCCUAACUGCUCUGCAGGGAAACGAUCAAACAGCAGGUGGAGCCCUCCAUCUUUCUUCCCAGAACGUAUCUGAAAGAAUUCCGGACUGAGCAGUGCCCACUUUUUCUGCAGCACAAGUGUACUCAGCACAGGCCCUUUACUUGUUUUCACUGGCAUUUCUUAAAUCAGCGCCGCCGCCGUCCAAUCCGACGGCGCGAUGGGACAUUUAACUACAGCCCAGAUGUUUAUUGUACAAAGUAUGACGAAACCACAGGAAUGUGCCCAGAUGGAGAUGACUGUCCAUAUUUGCACCGGACAACAGGAGACACAGAAAGAAAAUAUCAUUUACGAUAUUACAAGACUGGUACUUGCAUUCAUGAAACAGAUGCUCGAGGGCAUUGUGUGAAGAAUGGACCCCAUUGUGCCUUUGCCCAUGGUCCUCACGACCUUAGACCGCCAGUGUAUGAUAUAAGGGAAAUCCAGGCACAAGAAGCCUUACAAAAUGGGCAGCUUGGAAGCGGUGACGGAAUUCCCGACUUACAGCCAGGAGUUUUAGCUAGUCAGGCAAUGAUCGAGAAAAUCCUUGGAGAGGAUCCUAGAUGGCAAGAUACUAAUUUUGUUUUAGCCAGCUACAAAACCGAGCAAUGUACUAAACCACCAAGACUGUGCCGCCAAGGUUAUGCAUGUCCACAUUACCACAAUAGCCGGGACAGAAGACGGAAUCCACGAAAAUUCAAAUACAGGUCUACACCAUGUCCAAGUGUAAAACAUGGGGAUGAGUGGGGAGAGCCUUCAAAGUGUGAAAGUGGUGACAGCUGUCAGUACUGCCACUCACGCACUGAGCAACAGUUUCAUCCAGAGAUCUAUAAAUCAACUAAAUGCAAUGACAUGAGGCAAACCGGAUAUUGUCCACGAGGUCCUUUUUGUGCUUUUGCCCAUGUUGAAAGAAUUCCCUCAGCAGAGGAGGCCAUGAAUGUAAUGAUGCAGUCAAGCUGCCAUUUAAAGCAAGGUCCUCUCCUCUAUUCGGCCGACAGUAUAGGUCUUUCCAGUGAGUGGAGCACAAAUCUGGGUUGUACUAACAGCAUCCUGAACCACAAUGAACACACAGUAAAUAUUUCAUGCUGUAGUAGUCCAACAGUUACAUCAAGCUCAGAUAGCAGUAGCUCCUUCUCGCCUGUUGGAUCCAUAGGCAGGCCAAAAUCAUUAGCAAAUGGUUUGUGUUGUGAAUCUGCCACCCCAGGUGUCUCUUCACCCAGCUUUAAGUAUCCGAGGGCUCCAGGUUUUGAAAGAGAAGACCAGGCAAAACACAAGUGCCUGCCAUUGGAUAGUAAUCAGAAAAUGUAUGAUCAAGAAAAUAAGCAGAGCCAUCUCAGUGUUUUUUCAGUGGUAAACCCACUGGCUUCCAGUAUAACCUCCAGUAUAACUUCUAGUCUGGCAUCCAGUAUUGGCUCAGAUAGUUCAUCCCCUACUGCGCUAUCAAGUGUUAAUGCCAAAGCUCUCCCAUUCUACCCUGCUAGUAAUACAGUUGAAUCAGUAAUAGGUACAGCUCUAGACCUUCAUUUUAGCAAUAUUAAUGUUGCUUCUCUAGAUAAAGAAUUAGAAGACACAGAGACUAGCGACCUUAGGCUAUCAAGUCAAAGGCUGUUGGGAAGUUCUGCUCCUGUAAAUAUCCCGGGCUCUUUUGCACGUUCCUCUUCUCUGCAUUCAUCAUCUUCGCUCUCAACUUCCCCUCUUAGUUCCCUUUCUCAGUCAUUGUCCCAGUCUUACCUUUCAUCCAACAUGGCUCCACGACAACAACAGACUCAGCCUCUGAAAUCUGAGCACAGUGUUUUGGGAACAUCCACUUCUUCCCAUAAUUCUUUAGGUUUAAAUGGUGUAACGGGCAGUAUUUGGGACUUUGUCAGUGGGAGUUUUUCUCCUAGUCCAUCUCCUGUGUUUAGCACUGGCACAACCCCUUCCACCAAUACAAACGCAAAUGGAAAUGAUCUCUCGCGAGUGAGGAAGGAACUUGAUGAAGCCAAGAGGAAAAUAAAGAGAUGGGAAGACUCUUGGCAGCAAGUAAAGCAGGCAUGUGAUGCGUGGCAGAAAGAAGCUCAAGAAGCGAAGGAGCGUGCAAAAGCAGCAGACUCGGACCGACACCUAGCACUAAUGCAGAAGGCGGAGGUAGACGUUAAACUCAAGAAGCUCAAAGAAGAAUAUGAUACUCUGCGUGUGUCUCCACAGUUUUCUGUGCUGAAGAAAUAUGGAGAUAUAGACAAGCUUCCUUUACCAAAGUUACAUUCUCUGAAAAGUCAGCUUUGUUCUGACUUGGAAACAGUUGAUGAGUUAAUAUUCAAGCUACAUUCCAAGAAAUGCGUCGCUUGCCACGAACAAGAGCGAAGUAUAGUCCUGCAGCCUUGCCAACAUUAUGUACUAUGCGAACAGUGUGCAACAAGCAAACCAGAAUGUCCUUACUGUAAGACCAAAAGAAUCAAAUGGUGAAGAACCAUUCAAAGCCGUUGUUUACCAGCCCGCUGAGACUCAUCUGUAUCAUGUAAUGAAAUUAAAUAUUGCAUUGUAUGUUUUAGUAUUUGCUAUAUAAAAUAGAAAUAGUAAGUGGGAAAAAAAUAUAUUCUCUUUAUCAGUGAUACCGUAGAUUGAUCUCGAUCCAAGAACUGCAAGAAAUAUUUGUCAUUGGUUUACUAAGGAUUUCUACCAUAAUAGUAUUUGCGUCUUAGGUAGUUUUUUUUCUCUGUUGACAUUUAGGGGGCUAUUUACUAAACUCCGAAUGCAAAAAUCACGAAAAAUUCGUGAUUUUUUUUUUAUAAAAUCAGACUUUUAAAAAAUCACAAAUUUUU